AUGGGCUCUGAAUCUGACUCAGAGUCCGACUGGGUACUGAUCGAUGAAUCGGAUGGGCAACUAGACAUACGACGAGAGAGUAGAGAUAUCACCAGCAGGCUACCAACCGAAAACAUUCGCAUCGGCAGUAGCGGUCAGUUGUCAAGGAAACGGAGCAAGACUAACGAUGGGAGUGUAAGCACGCUCUCCAGCGGCCACAGCUCUAUAUGCAACAUAAACAUUAACAAAGACUACUCGACUGACGAUACGGAUAUGAUCGAGUUUGACAGAAAUAUACACGUGGAUGUAAGUAUGGGAGAUACACUAUCGCGCGUGUGGGUGGUUUUUGAAAACCAGCGUUGGUACUAUGGACUGGGUUGGUCUACUACCUUGGCAACCGAUCGCUUGAGUUUUAGCAACCACAGCGGCAAUGUGGGGAUCAAGAAAAGACCGAGCUUUAUGGGUGUCGCUGGUGAUGCAGAUAUAGUCUGCCAUA